AUGCCGCGGAUCAGUCUGGACAGAACAGUCGUGAUGAGGGUAAUGAAUCCUGUCAGCAGUCUCCGUAAAGGUCGCUUUUGGAUCACACCUGACCCUUACCACAAUGAUGACAAUAUCCAGAUUGGACGGGAGGUGAAGAUCAGCUGCCAGGUAGAGGCCACGCCCCCAGAGGAACUGCAGUUCAGCUGGCUGAAGAACGGGCGGCCUCUGAGGAGUUCAGAGCGGAUGGUCAUCACCCACACUGACACAGACGUCUCGCCGGGAACCACCAACCUCGACAUCAUCGACCUCAAGUUCACCGACUUUGGCACCUACACCUGUGUGGCAUCACUAAGGAACGGAGGAACCCCAGAGAUUAGCAUUGAUGUCAACAUUUCAUCCACCACAGGAUCCUCGGGCUCUCGGGGAGAUAUUCUCUGGGCUUACGAGCCAAAAACCUUUUUGAACCUUUGUCAGAAACCUCCCUGGCUCUGUGUUGCAGUCCCUCCGGCCGUAGAGCCCGAGCACACGGAGAUCCGUCAGGCCCUCGGCCGGGCGUUCAGCCUUACCUGCCGUCUGCUGCGAGCUCAUCCGGCUCGCCUGCUGCGAUAUGAGUGGAAGCUGGGCACCCGCCUCCUGACUGUCGGACAGUUCAGUGACCAGAGAGACGACACGAACUACCACGUCAGAGCUUUGAACAGGGAGGGCUAUGGCGAGUACACCUGUGACAUCACCAACGAGGCCGGGGCAGGACGUUGCACGUUCCUGGUCACAGGAAAAGCCAACCCUCCAGAGUUUUACUACGACACCUACAGCGCCCUGUGGCAGAGCAGGCCGCGAGUCUACGGCUUCAAGCUGCAGUGGACUCAGAUGGAGCCGAACGCUGUGGAUCGAAUCCUGGCCUACAGACUCGGCAUAAGGCAGAUGGGUCAGUCUCGCUGGUGGGAGCAGGAGAUUCCCAUGGAGGGAACCAUCCAGAAGGGGGAGCUCUUGACCUACAACUUAACUGAACUCAUCAAACCUGAAUCCUACCUGGUCCGCCUGACACCCAUCACCCGCUACGGGGAAGGAGACUCCACUGAGCGGAUCAUCACAUACAGCGCUCCUGUUAACCCACAUCUCAGUAAGUAUCUGCCCACACUGACACACAGUCACACACUGGGCUGCACUCGGAUUUAA